GCGGGGACAAGAGAGCGGCACCCAAUCCAGUGGGCCAAUGGUGGCGUGACUGGCGUCUCCUUGAAGGAUGUGGCCGCGGCAAAGGCUGAUCGCUGGUGGGAGCGGUUACGAAUCCUGUGAAGAAUGGCGUGGCGGUGGAUCCUAGCAAGGCCUGCAGCCAGCCCAGUAGCACGAGGGACCCCUUGGGAGAAAUCGGCAACUGGGUAGCAAUCAGAAGACCCAAAGGAGACAAGCUUCUCUUCUGCCCGGCCUCCGUUCCUUGCUCAGUGAGAACAGAACAGGGAGACUGAAGGCAUUGUCUAAUGCUGAAGACAAGCUGCUGUGCUGUGAACUCUAGCAAGGUGUCUCUCCCGGGCCCCGUUUCCACCUCUAUGGAUGUGCCCACGGAAGUGGACCUGUGCCAGGCCUUCUCGGAGAUGCUGAGAAGCAGCGUGGAAGAUAUUGACGCCGAUGACUGGGGAGAUCCUCAGCUGUGCAGCGACUACGUGAAGGAUAUCUACUGGUACCUGAGACAGCUGGAGGUCCAGCAGAAUGUGUCCCCUUUCUACCUGGAUGGGGUGGAGCUCAAUGGGCGAAUGCGUGCUGUUCUGGUGGACUGGCUGGUCCAGGUCCAUGCCAGGUUCCAUCUCUUGCAGGAAACGCUUUACAUGUGUGUGGCCAUCAUGGAUCGCUACUUACAAUCUCAGCCUGUCUCCCGCAAAGAGCUGCAGUUGGUUGGUGUCACUGCGAUGCUUCUGGCUGCAAAAUACGAAGAGAUCUACGUGCCCAGCAUCGUGGACUUUGUCUACAUCACUGACCAAGCGUACACUCCGGCUCAGAUUCGGGCGAUGGAACGGAAGAUCCUUAAAGAGCUGGACUUUGGCCUGGGCCGGCCUCUGCCCCUUCACUUCCUCAGGAGAGCAGCCAAAGUGUGUGAGGCAACCGCCGAGCUGUACAUGUUAGCCAAAUACCUGAUGGAGCUGACCCUUGUGGACUACGCGAUGGUGCACUAUAAUCCUUCGGCGAUAGCUGCAGCUGCUCUGUGCCUGUCUCAGAAGGUCUUUGCACAAGGCCGCUGGAACCUCCAGCUGUGCUACCACACGGGCUACGAAGAGGAGGGCCUGGCCCCUGUGAUGCAGCACAUGGCCAAGAACGUGGUGCGCGUCGACAGGAACCUCACCAGACACGUCGCAGUCAAGACCAAGUAUGCCAGCAGCCAGUUCAUGAGGAUCAGCACCGCCCCGCAGCUGAACUCCAGCACCCUGAAGGACCUGGCCGCGCAGCUGCUGGCGGGGGAGUCCAGGCUGCUCUCGUGAGCCCCAGCUCCUGGUUGCCGGCGAGAGAGCCUGGGGGGCAGCGGGGCCUCUGGAGGCCCGUUGAUGGCAGCUGGCUGAGUGGCUGCUCUUAAACGGGUAGUCUGUGUGUGUGUGUGUGUGUAUCCUAAUAAAGACCUUUGUAGAAA